AUGAGACUUGAUCAAAGUUUUGCUAUACUCUGGGUAGUAUUUACAUUUAGCUGUAUAAAAGAGAUGAAUGCUGGCAGUUGUGGCAACAGAUUAUCUAGGAGAAAGGACAUAGAUCAUCUGAGGGAAACAUUGCAGUUUGAGAAUGAUGAACAAAAAAGUGAGAUAUCUUCACUGGCUCAACAAGUUUCUGACAUUAAUGAUAAAUUAUCUACCAUUAAAGAGGACAUUGGUGAUAUGAAGAGUGCUAUGACUACAUUAAAGAAUGGGAUGUCGCAACCGAUGCUGAAUUCAUCAGAGAUUACAGACUGCGGUGAAGAUUCGUCUUACUCUGGAGUUCGAACCAUCAAAACCACAGAAGGUAGACUCUUCAGUGCAUAUUGCGAGCAGGGGUGGACUUACAUAUUCAAGCGUUUUGAUGGGAGUGUUGCUUUUAAUCUGACGUGGUCUGAGUAUAAAAAGGGCUUUGGGGAAACGAAUGCUGAACACUUCAUAGGGCUUGAUAACCUCGCAAGUUUAUUGAAACAAAGAAACUAUGAAAUUCGAAUUGACUUAGCAACAUGGCCCGAAACAAACGAAAAUCCAUCCACAAGAUAUGCUGAAUAUUCAGAUUUCAAAGUAGCUGACGAGAGUGAUAAAUAUCGCCUUACCAUCGGGGGAUAUAGAGGAACGGCAAGAGAUAGCAUGGCUAGGCAUAACGAUACAGAGUUCACAACUUAUGAUCGAGAUAAUGAUAAACUGAAAAAUGCAAGCUGUGCGAAAAAAUAUAAAGGAGCUUGGUGGUAUACCGAAUGUCAUGAUUCCAACCUGUUUGGUCUGUACAGCCCCCAACCCAAGUGUUCAGGCUUUGGCGAAUGUAUGACUUGGAGACAUUGGCCUGGAAAACUUCUUCCAAAUAAGGACAAUUAUUGGUAUUCAUUCAAAAAAGCAUCUAUGAAGAUUUAUCGCAAAUAGAUUCUUAAUUUGAAAUAUAUUUUAUUUGUGCCAAUUUAACAACAAGGACUUAAAACUCAUUUUUGAGAAAAAUAAAGUAUACAGGCAUGUAAAACAUGAACAAUAUUAAACCUAAUGUUUCUAGUGAAUACAUAGUCCAGGUAGAUAUAUAACUGAGUGAUACAUCAUCUGUAUUUACCUUAACAAUUUUGUUGUCCCAGAUGGAAUAAUUAUAAAACACAUUACAUAGUCGCGAGAUACUUGC